AUGCCUCUCGUCGAUCCAGUUACCAACAGUGCUGCCGGUGGCGAGGACAAGACCCAAGUGUGGAUGAGUAAAUUGGCUGGAAAGAAGAUCGGUGACUCCAGUGAUGAGACUACAUUCGCAAAGCAAGAUCUUCCCGAGGAGCAUAGAAUCAUUGAGCCUGGUUCGAUGGUUACCAAGGACUUCAAGGAGAACAGACUCAAUAUCCAUCUGAAUGAAGAUGGAACUGUUUCCCAUGUCAACCACCAAUAG